AAGAAAAACAUGUUCACCUGCGUUACAAAAAUAACUAAACAAUUCUAUUUAAUUCAGCCAAAUAGAUCAAUAAAACUUCUAAAAGGAUGCACUAAAUCAUUUUCCACUGUAAAAAAUGAAACUAGUGACGAAAUUAUCGUAGAGAAAUUAUCAGAUAAAAAAGAGGGAAUCACUGUCCUUGGAUUGAAUCGUCCAGCAGCUAAAAAUGCAUUCAGUCGUUCGCUAGUAAAUAGAUUCACAUCUAUUCUCUCGGACUUGGCUCAUGACAAGCAUACUAGAGUUGUUGUCUUGAGAAGUCUUACGCCAGGAGUUUUCUGUGCUGGGGCUGAUCUCAAGGAACGUCUUGAUAUGAGCCAAGACGAAGUCUCUAAAUUUGUUUCAACGCUUAGACAACUGCUAAUUUCCAUUGAACAACUUCCAAUGCCUGUUAUAGCCGCAUUGGAUGGUGUUGCUUUGGGUGGAGGAUUGGAGAUGGCUUUGGCAUGCGAUAUGCGUACAGCAGCAGAAAAUGUUAAAUUGGGUCUUGUAGAAACAAGAUUGGCAAUUCUGCCUGGUGCAGGUGGAACUCAACGGCUACCGCGACUAUUGAAUCCCGCUUUGGCUAAAGAACUAAUAUUCACUUCACGUAUAUUUGAUGGAACAGCUGCCAAGGAAAUGGGAAUUGUUAAUCAUGUUGUUGUACAAAACGAAACUCAAGACGCUGCUUAUGUAAAGGCAAUAGAAUUAGCCAAAGAAAUCAUUCCAAAUGGCCCUGUAGGUGUUCGUAUGGCUAAGAAAGCUAUUGAUAAAGGUCUGCAAGUUGAUAUUUCAACUGGAUAUGCUAUUGAGGAAGCUUGCUACGCUCAAUUAAUACCGACAAAGGACAGGAUAGAGGGACUUAAAGCGUUUGCAGAAAAACGCAAGCCAAUUUAUAAGGGAGAGUAGGGGUUUAUAGCAAUUUAGUCUAAGGAAUGUGUUUAUUUUUCUUUUUUUAAAUAAAAUGUUAUAUUUUAUACUUUUUUAAUA